CGUACCUCAUGAACAACCGAAAUCACUGCCAACAGAGUCUUCUGUGGUGCCACCGAGCCGGCGAGUUUUUUUUGGCUGUCCUUUCCUGUCCCUCCACAUCUCACCAUGUCCAAGCACGACCCAUUCUCCUGAGCCGAGGCACAAAUCUCUCCCUCCAAUCCCCAAUGACAAUUUCCGGAGUCCGUAUUGCACAGGCAAUGCAAUCGUCGUGAGAGAAGAAGACGCUAUGUUGAAUAUAUGACAUCGGUGCAUAAACCACAAUUAGGAGGUGGAUCAUAAGAGCUGACAGAUUCGAGCACCGGUCAGCAGGCCUCGUUACUACUGCGCAGAGGGGUUGACUCGACAGGCUUACCCGUUCCACGCCACCAUUGUUGGCUUCAAAAGCCGGGAGUUCGAUCAGAUUUAACACAGGCUCUGGUGGACAACUGCUCGCAAACGUUCACCUAUCUGUCUGUUCAAUACUUGCCAUUAAACUACACAAUGGAGCCGAGAAAGCCUUCGUCGUCGACCUCUGGGUUCUUCCAAGCUCUUCCCAUCGUACCACAGCAAUACACGGCUUCUUCCCAGGGGAAGGUAUUUUCGCGGCACGAAACAUCAGAUGAUCCAGUUUUCUCGCGCGUACUGUCCCUCUAUCUUCCCGACCCGCUACCGAUACCUCUCCAGAACCAUUUUCAUGACUUUGCACGGCUCGUCCUCGAACCGUCUACUCUCCAACACACGGUUGACUGUGACACUGACUUGCCUACACUCCACCCACUGACCACAUUCGGCGAAGAGAACAAAGUCAAUCCCCUCCGCACAAGCGAAGGAUGGCGAGCCCUGAAGCAGAUUCAAACGCGUGCCGGUGUGGUAGGAUACGGCUAUCCCCAACCCACCCUCAAGCAGGACUUCAAUCGACGAGUUCAUCAAUUUGGUACCCUGCACCUCUGGCACGGUACAGCCGCGGUAACCACCUGCCCCAUGGCCAUGACUGAUGGAGCGGCUGUGCUGUUGCAUCGGCAUUUUGACGACCUGGAUGGAGACCAGCCCGGUCGGGGGGCCGUGUUCCGUGAAAGCUACCGCCGUCUCGUGUCCUUAGAUCCGACAUCCUCCUGGACCAGCGGGCAAUGGAUGACUGAACGCACGGGUGGAAGUGACGUGCGAGGUACCGAGACUGUCGCACGCCGAAUGACUGCUCAAGAAAUGCAAGAUGAUAUCAACUCUGGCCGAGACAGAGACGCGUACGGCCUUCCUCUCGGACCUUGGAUCGUGGACGGGUUCAAAUGGUUCUCCUCCGCGACUGACGCCGAUAUGGCCGUUCUUCUGGCGCAGACCAGCAAAGGCCUUAGUGCGUUCUACGCUCCUCUUCGCCGAAGAACAGGUCGUACCCAUUCUCUCUCGACCGAAACAAACGGGAUUCGCAUUCAACGCCUCAAAAACAAACUCGGCACCAAGGGCGUACCAACUGCCGAGCUCGAGCUCAAGGGCAUGCGCGGCUACCUCGUGGGCCAAGAAGGCCAAGGUAUCAAGGAAAUCAGCUCUAUUUUGAACAUCACACGACUACACACCGCGAGCGGCGGUCCGGGUGCCUUAGCAAGAGGAUUGGCAGUGAGUCGCGCAUACACACUCGUCCGAAAAGUGAGAGACGGGCAACUCUUGCGGGACAACGCGCAGCAUUUGGCGUGGAUGGCUGGCGAAAGCGUCAAAUAUCGUGCCAACACACACCUGGUCUUCCUCGGCGUUGCACUCCUCGGCGCCACUGAACAAGGUCACGACGUCGUCACACAACGCACCCUCGGCGCGGCGGCCCUCAUCCCCCGCUCAAAGGAAAAACAAGAGAUGCUUCUCCGCCUGCUCACGCCGGUGAUGAAAGCGCAGGUCACCUUGAACAGCGUCUCCGGCUUGAGAGCCUGCAUGGAAUCGCUCGGUGGUGUAGGAUACUGCGAGAACAACGAAGACGGCGGGGUCAUGAACAUCGCCCGCUUGUUCCGGGACAGCGUAGUGGGCACCAUCUGGGAAGGCACGACGAGCGUCAUGGCCGAGGACGUGUUGCGGGUGGUGAAGAACCCCAAGACGCAGAGUACGGGCAGAGACGUCCUCGACGAGAUCUUUGGAGACUGGGUGCGCAACGUGCUGGGCGCGAUUAAAAGCGCCGCCGGGAACGGCCCCCACCAAACCGCAGGUGUUUUCGCCGCUGAAUGCGAGAUGACCGCCAAUCGCUACAAGGCGCUCCACGAUCUGGUCCGGUCGAGCGACUCGCUGGGCCUGCAACGAUGCGGGCGGGACAUCCUGGACCACAUCGAGGCCGUGGCCUGCGCGUGUCUGCUCAUGUUCGACGCCACCGUGGACGGAGACGAGGUCGCUACGGAGGUCGCAAGGCGCUGGGUAAGGAUGACCGCCUUGCCCGCCGAUAGGGUGAAGAUGCAGAACGAGGGUCCUUCGCGCGAUCGGCUCAAGGAGAUCGAGAUGGACAGGAGGAUCUUUCUCGGAUCGACGGCGGCGGAAUCUCCUGAGGCGACCAUUCAAGCCAGACUUUGAAAUUGUGAUUUGGACCCCUGAGUAUCGCGGACGCGUACGUCCGAGGGGGAGAGGUUUGUAACUUGGAAUUUAACACAUCGUCAAAAUGGAGAAAACCAUAACCAAAAACCUAUAUUCUACCGGCAUCUCA